GCUUGAUGCCAUAUUCAUCUGAGAUAGAGCUUUUAGUUUCCCAUGAGACGUUAGCGCAAAUCGACAUGGCAUUAACUGUGAGCGGAAAACUCGUUCUGCUUCUAAUUCUGGCUUGGCUGGGGGCCUUGGCAAUGGGAGAUACCCAGUGCGGUCGUCUAGAUGAGAAUUUAUUGUACACCACCGAUGAAAAGACAAAGCCCUCCGAGAAUCCCUGGGUAGGCAUCCUACUGACGGAUAAAGGAAAUCGUUACGAAAACAUGGGAUGCUCCGUUGUCAUUAUCAACGAGUUGCACGUCCUCACCACUGCCACGUGUGUUAAGGGCUUCCAGAACCGAUCCGGAGACACUAAAGCCGUGGCCCUGCUGGGCGUUUGGAAUGAGAACGACUCGCCCGAGGAGGAGCUUGUGUGCAACGACAAGGACUUCUGUGUACCGGGUCCCAAGCCUUACAAAGUAAUCGAUAUCAAGGUGCAUCCGCAAAGGGACAGGGAUACGGGGGACAACGACUUGGCCAUCCUGCGGCUGGAAAAGCCCGUCGAGUGGACCAACUGGAUCCAGCCGAUCUGCAUGCAGGGCAGCUCGGAACCGGAAACGCUGACCAACCGAAAUCUUCACUACUCCGGCUUCAACCAUGGCGACUACGCCCGGGGCAAGGGUCUGGCCAUGACGGUGUCCACGCCGAAGUGCAAGCAACUGACCUCCUCCACCGUAUUCUUCCCGGCCAACCAAAUGUGCGCCUAUCCCGUGAAGCGCACGAAGUUCUAUCCGGGUGCCCCAUUAAUGGACAUCGAUGUGCGGGAUGAUAAACCGCACAACUUCUACUUGGUGGCUAUUCUAGUUCGGAAUGUAGAUACCGAUGCCACAACCCAGGUGUACCAAAACGUGCGACGCGCCCGCUCCUGGAUAUUCGAGAAUUCAAAGUAGGAAGAUUUACUGCAUUUUGAACAACUUGUUUUGUGAAUAAAUAAAGAUUAAUAAUUAAAUAUAGA